GUGUGCCAAUUAAUUAUCGCUGCCGUCUCCUCCCCCACGACUCCACCCUCCUCCUCCGCCGCCGCAGCCGCAGCCGCCGUGCGAAUCUAUCUCGAGGGUGGGGGAGAUGGCGGACGCCCUGGACAUGUCCCUCGACGACCUCAUCUCCAAGAACAAGUCCUCCUCCCAGCGCGGCCGUGGCCGCCGCAACCCGGCCUCGGGUUCGGGCUCGGGCUCGGCGUCGGGAGGACCCGCACCCGCCGGCCGCCGCUUCCAGGCUCGCGCCGCCACCCGCGCUGCCGCCGCGCCCUACCACCAAUUCAACUUCCCGCCCCCGGCGCCGGCGGCUUUUGCAUAUGCUGCCCAGCAGGCCCAUGCCCAUGCCCACGCCCAGGUGAUGGCCAUGGUGGCGCCGCCGACCGGGGUCGAAACGGGCACCAAGCUGUACAUCUCCAACCUCGACUACAACGUUUCCAACGAGGACAUCAAGGAACUCUUUGCUGAGGUGGGCGAUCUCAAGCGGUACUCCAUUAACUACGACAAGAGUGGGCGAUCAAAGGGAACUGCAGAGGUUAUAUUUUCAAGGAAAUCGGAUGCUCUAGCUGCUCUAAAGAGGUACAACAAUGUGCAGCUUGAUGGCAAACCUAUGAAAAUUGAGGUCAUUGGAACAAAUAUUGAGGCACCACCACCACCACCUGCUAUUUUUACUUUGAAUACCCCGACGAUAGGAAACUUCAUUCCUUCCUACAGUGGCGGACGUGGAAGGGGCGGUGAUGGUGGUCGGGGAUGGCCUCGGGGCAGAGGUGGAUUCGGCGGGCGUAGUGCUGCUGGGCGUGGUCGAGGGCGUGGUGAUGUUGGGCGUGGGCGAGGGAGGGGAGGGCGUGGCAGUCAGCCAGUUUCUGCCAAUGAUCUAGACGCAGACUUGGACAAGUACCACUCGGAAGCGAUGCAGACCAGCUAAAUGGCUUUGGCCCUGCCGCACCUGCAUCCCGCACAGCCAUUAGCCUUGUGUAGGAAUAGAUGCGGCCAUGUAUUUUAGAUUGUAAUUUGUGAGACAAAUGAAGCGUCUGUCUUUUGUUGUGUGAUGAUCAACGUGGUGCGUUCCAUUGUAGCUCUAGUUUCUCUUCCUCUGAGUUGUAGCAGUUGAGACGGUUGGACUAAGAUGAGAUUUUUAUAAAGGGUGAUCACAAGUGUUA